AUGGCUGACGCUGUAGCUACCAUCUCGCACAGCGUGGCAGACUUAAGCCAGAUUGACAUUAAUGUGUUCGCUACGUCUCUUUGCAUGGUUGGGGUUGCCGAGCUUUUCGAUAAGACCUGGUUCAUGGGCCUGAUUCUAGCGUUCCGCUACUCGCCGGCCUCUGUCUUCGUCGGGUCCUUCGCUGCUCUAUUUCUCCAUACCAUUCUCGCUGCUGCUUUCGGCUAUGCGUUUGCCAUGCUGCUCCGGCCGCACGUGCUCGACCUCCUAGCGGCCAGCCUGUUCCUGAUAUUUGCAGUCAUGUACUCCAGGGACAGCUACCAGGCGGACUCGGACAGCGACAUGAUCGCCAGCGGGAGGGAGGAGGCGGCCGAGGACAUGGGCGAGGAGGAGCCGGCGGACGAGGUCUUGCCGACCUACGGUGCCGCCAGCGGCAAGGGCCUGCCGAAGCGGGCGCGCUCCCAGGCCGGGGCAGUCCUGAAGGCCUUCGUCGCGGUGUUCAUCGCCGAGUGGGGGGACCGCACGCAGGUCGCCAUGAUCGGGCAGCACGCCUCGCAGCCGCUGGUCCCCGUGUUCCUCGGCUCGUGCGUGGCCUUCUUCCUCCUGACUCUCUCGGCGGUCGGGGCUGCCAGCAUGCUGAGUGGACACAAGAUCAGCGAGCGCCUGGUAUUCGGCGUGAGCGCGACUUGCUUCUAUGUGUUCGCCGCGCUCUCUUUGAGGGACGCGCUGGUAGUCAUGCACGGGCACGGCAAGGCCUGA